CUUGAAUGUGUGUGUGUGUGUGUGUUGUUUUUGUGUUUACAUGUUAUCAUUUAUGAAUCCUCUAAGUAUUGUUCCUACCCAGGAGUUCCUGUUCAUCUGAAUAGACCAAACAGCUGUAUGUGUUCCAAGCACUGAAACAUUACAGUCUGCUCUCACACCGGCUGCUUUCUGUCUUUAUCUUAUACUCACCCUCUCUAUCUAAUAUUGCCUUACCACUAUUGUUGUAUCUUAAAGUAUUGACAUAAGAAGUGUCACUUUAAGUAUUACAAACAUGAGACGUUCUAUGCAAACAGAAUGUUACAGAAUGCAUGUGACAAUGCUGUCAUCUCCUCCCCCCCGACACUAUUCUUCCACGCCACAGACAGAGCGAUACAGAACCCCCCCCACCCCCUAUUCUCUCAUUAGCCGGUUGCUCUGCCACUCCGAGCAGAAGGGGAAUGACCGGAGGGGCGGGCUCUGGGCUGAUGUCAUAGUCACAUGGAUUCUCAUGUGGCGGUGCUUGCGAGCAGGCAUAGACAGAUCUGGGCUGGCCAGCUGCCGCUGAGACAGCAAGAGAGAGGGGAGAGACUGAAGAGUAAAAGAGAGACAGGAAGAGAGAGGGGAGAGACUGAAAGAGUAAAAGAGAGACAGCAAGAGAGAGAGAGAGAACGCUGGUUGGCGCUGCAUGUGUGGGCUCUUUAUGGACUUGGACUUUAAUGAUGUAUUUUGUGAUUUCAGCCAUGAAAGCUCAAAUUGAAAUAAUCCCUUGCAAGAUCUGUGGAGAUAAAUCAUCAGGGAUCCACUAUGGCGUGAUCACCUGCGAAGGAUGCAAGGGCUUCUUUAGGAGGAGUCAGCAGAGUAAUGCUGCCUACUCAUGCCCGCGCCAGAAGAACUGUCUCAUCGACCGCACCAGCCGCAACCGCUGCCAGCACUGCCGGCUGCAGAAAUGCCUAGCGGUGGGCAUGUCCCGAGAUGCGGUCAAGUUUGGCCGCAUGUCCAAGAAGCAGCGCGACAGCCUGUACGCGGAGGUCCAGAAGCACCGCCUCCAACAGCAGCAGCAGCAGCAGAGGGACGGCCACAGUGGUGGGUCCCACCUCCACACCAGCCACCCCCACCUCCACAGCCAGGCGCCAGGGGAGGCCGAGCCCCUCACCCCCCCCUACGGCCUCACGUCCUCCACGGGCCUCACCGAGCUCCACGACGAGCUGGGGGGCUACAUGGACGAGCAGCACACCCCCGAGCGGAGCUCUUCCCUGGGCUCGUCCAAGGGCGACUCUGGCGGGGGCGGAGGAGGAGGCGUGGGCGGGUUCUACCUGGACAUCCAGCCCUCCCCAGACCAGUCGGGGCUGGACAUCAACGGGAUCAAGCCCGAGCCCAUCUGUGAAUACGGCUCGGCUAACGGCUUCUUCCCUUACUGCUCCUUCACAAACGGAGAGACGUCUCCUACGGUGUCCAUGGCUGAGCUUGAGAACCUGUCCCAGAACAUCUCCAAGUCCCACAUGGAGACGUGUCAGUACCUGAGAGAGGAGCUGCAGCAGAUGACCUGGCAGGCCUUCCUCCAGGAGGAGAUGGAGAAUUACCAGAGCAAGUCCCGCGAGGUCAUGUGGCAGCUGUGUGCCAUCAAGAUCACAGAGGCCAUCCAGUACGUGGUGGAGUUCGCCAAGCGCAUCGACGGCUUCAUGGAGCUCUGCCAGAACGAUCAGAUUGUGCUGCUGAAAGCAGGUUCAUUAGAGGUGGUGUUUGUCAGAAUGUGCCGUGCCUUCGACUCACAGAACAACACCGUCUACUUUGACGGGAAGUAUGCAGGGCCAGAUGUCUUCAAAGCAUUAGGUUGUGACGAUUUGAUCAGCUCCGUCUUUGAGUUUGCCAAGAACAUGUGCGCGAUGCACCUCUCCGAGCACGAGAUCGCCUUGUUCUCCGCAUUCGUUUUGAUGUCGGCAGAUCGGUCAUGGCUCCAAGAGAAAGUCAAGGUUGAGAAGCUUCAACAGAAGAUUCAAUUGGCACUUCAACACAUCCUUCAAAAGAACAACAGAGAAGACGGCAUACUCACAAAGUUAAUUUGUAAAGUGUCCACCUUGCGGGCCCUGUGCAGCCGGCACACAGAGAAGCUCACAGCGUUCAAGGCGACGUACCCGGACAUUGUGCGAGCUCACUUCCCCCCCUUAUACAAGGAGUUGUUCGGCUCAGACUUUGAACAGGCCAUGCCCCUGGACGGCUAGCCGGUGAAACAGAUGCUGUGCUGCGCGGUGGUGUUUUACCAUACCGGACCGUACUUUAACGGACAGAACAUGGUUUCAAGAGAGAGAGACACAGAUGGUGACCCAGAGCUUUUUUUGAACAGCUGGCUCGCUGCUGAAAAAAAUGGAGGGAUGGUUUUUACUCAUCUGUUUGAGUUGUGUUCAUCUUUCUUCACCUCUACCUUGCUUUGCCCCAUCCUGGUGGAUGAGUUGGAUAGGUUGGAAAGGAUAGAGGCGGAGGGGACGCAAGACGCGCGCGCACACACACACACACACACAUACAGUACAUAUAUUCUGUUAGAUCGAACCUAGCCCACUUGCAUCUGUGUAUUGUUCAGUUUAUGAUUUUAAAAGCUUAUAACUGCAGAUUGAGAAAAUAUAAGUGAAUGUCACUUGAAAAUCCAACUGGGAUCUUCUUGUUAGUUUCUUAGUAGAUUUUUUUCAAGCUAUUUGGGUUUGAAUUGCUAACUCUCCGAUUAGGCAAUACAUGAGAAAAAGAAAAUGAGUGAUAAGAUAAAGCUAUAACCUGAAGAUGUGACCGAAGCUUAAGGCACUUAUAGACAGAUUAAUAAGACUUAAUUUUGUGUGGUUGGUUGUUGUGGGUUAGGGUCAGUUCAAACCUUUUCUUUUUGUUUAAUUUGAUCAUCAGUCUGUACAGAACACACAACAGUUUAUUGGUUGCUGGUUCACAGUUGUAGAUGAUGCAGAUUUACUCUGAAUACCUACUCAUGGACCAGUCGUCCACUCGGGGUGUCUGUAGGGAUCUUUACUUAAAUCAACACUCAUCACCUUUAAACCACCUGCUAUGAACCCUCACUGCAAGAGUGGAAAUUAGAGAACAUUUAGCUCACCAACCUCAAUACCAGGAGUCCAUUCCUUUCAGUAACUAUGUCCUACAGGGCAUCUUACCCAUAAGUACAAACUAUAAAUACAAAAUGAGUCAAUGUAAUGAAAUAAUAAUGUUUUUAGAAUCUAUUUUGAAGAACUUGUAUUAUAGCGGUUGUGCACUUAUUGCAACAUUUUACCAGGCACUUUUGGACCUGUCUUUAAUUUAUGAAGAAUUGUGUAUAACUUGGGUUUUUGAAGUGUUGCAUGUUCAACAUCACAUCAAACACAGAUGUAUCAGACAAAUGUGUCCUUCUAUGCUGGAAUCAUGAAGUGAAUUAGCAAGUUUAAAAAAGCAAUAUUGUUACGAUCAUGUAGACUCUCCCAUCAACACCUAAUAUUUUCUUUAAAAUUAUUUUUGUUCACGUUUUACCUUGAUUUUAUAAAUCUACCUCUCAUUGCCUAACCAAUUCAAUUAGUGUCACUGCACACACUGCACUAAAACAUAACAAUACAAUUUAAUCAGCCUAGGCCUGCAUUUUCCUGAUACGUCUAUACACCCCAUAGAUGUAGACAUAAAAGUCAACUCAUUAGAAAAUGUUGCUAGACCUACUGAAGUUUCUGGCGAUCAAGCGUCAAGAUCUAUCAAAUCAUUGCAUGCAUUGGCUAUCCAUUAGCUCUACCUAGUGGUCAACAAGAAAACAGUACGAUUUCUCAUCAGAUUUUCUCAUAUCCAUAGAGAUACAUUUGAUCUCUUUCAGAUUCAUCCCCAGAAAACCCAUCCUUUCUUCUACCUUUUGUGUCUCACCCUUUAAUAUAUAAGUAACAUUUUGUGUAUUUCCAUCUUUACAGUCUCAACAGUCACCAAAUUCAGUUUUUCAAAGGGCACCUAAGCACUGGUCUGUGGUCAGCUCUGGGAGGUUUAUCUGUCAGGCUGUAGUAAGUAAGGGUAGGGCUCAAGAAAUCCCAGAUUUGCUCUAACAAAAAACAUAAAUAAAAUAGACCAUUAGACCCAGAGAGAACGAUAGAAAACAAGUGGUGGUGUGCUUGCCAUGGUGACUCUUACUGUUUCCCCAGUUUAUCACAUAACAUUGGUCAUUUCAUGGAAUAAAACACAAAAUGGAGGGAGGAGUGACAAAAAA